GACCCACAAAUUGACCUAGCUGAAAUUGUGAGCAUUUCGUGCAAGACGUGCGUGAAUCGCUGAACUUACACAUAAAAAUGUGUCAUCAAAAGCCCGUCAAAGUUAGGUAAUAUUGAAGUGUUUAACCAAACGACAACCGACGUAUGGUGCAAGAUAUUCUGUCAUAAUUUAUUUAUUUUGAGAAACACGAAAAGCUAAUCAUCAUGGGUCGACUCACCUGCCAGUGUCUAAACAUCAGUGUACACACAAAGGCAGUCCCAACACCAUUAAAACUCGCAGAAUUAAGACUAACGCCCGAAGAACAAAGCGACGACUUCUUCAGGAGCGACGUUGCUGAGGUUCAACUCGAUCUUGGUGGAAUAGCUGAAGCACAGAGAUGCCUGAUCAGAAGGUACCCGGUUGGUAAUUGGGUUGUGCGGACAUGCCUCAACUGUGAGAUGGAGUGCUAUGCGACUCACAUCAGCAAAGGAUUGAACAGGAUAUUAGUCAGUUUGAAUCUAGAGGGCGACACAGCAAAACAAGAAGAUCUUCAAAGGUCGACAGAAUUCUCACCCCUGUAUCAUUUGAUCUUGCGAGACGUCAACAAAAUAAGCAGUCCUACAUUGGGGCUUCCAAUGACAAGUAACCAAGACGCACUUAAGAAGACUGCGGGUGACCUUCAAGAUCAGCUAACCCGGUACCUUGCAAAGGAGAAGUCCUCCAUGGAAGCAAGAAUCAAGAAGUUUACUGAGGACCAGCAGCAUUCUUAUACAGCUGUCCAGAAGAAAGCUUAUAGAGACAAGAAUGUGAUGGUUGGUUUAAUUAUUGAAGCAGAUGAGAAGUGCUUAGAAGACUCAAUAUCAGAGGCGAUGUUAGAAGCAACCCUCACCCCACCCCAGACACCCGUGAGCAUUGGUAGCAAUAAAAGAGUUGUUUCUCACGACUCGUCUAAGAUCGCAAGUUCUCCCAGGUCAUUACACAGCAGAGCACCAACCUCCAAAUCAAAAUCAGAAACAACAGUCUUAAAAGCGUAUGGAAGUUCGCAUCCAACGGCAGCCGCAGUCAGACAAACAUCAAAACCAAGUCGAGGAAGAACUAAUGAUGCCGAUACAAUCUUUGAUUUGGAUGGUUUUAACGACGAUUGCGAUCCAUUUUUUGAAUCGGAUGAUGAAAGCAGCACUGAUGACUCCUCUCAUGUCAACCCUACCCACUCUCUCCCGCCAGAUAACUCCUUAAACGAUGACCACUUGGGUCAUGUGAUGGCCAGACGCGACCAGACAAGGACGCAGAAUUAUGCCGCCUCUGUCCCUAUUUCGAUGCCGAUGUGGAACCGUGAGGGCAAGGCCUCGUACGAAGAUGACGAUGAUGAAGACAAGGUGCCCAUGCCAGAACCAGACCGCAUGGUCGCAAGUAUGAGGGCGCUUUCGUUUAGCGUUCAAGAUGGAACGGAAAUGUUUGGCGAUCUUCCAAGGCCUCGAUUAAAUACAGGGGAUGCUGUUUCACUAAGCAAGAAAAUCAACCUUUAGCAGGACCCAAUUUCAUAGAGCCGCUUAAGCAGAAUAUUUAGCUUAACAAAUAUCUGCUUAGCAGAAAUGAGUAGGA